AUGGUCACACCUUUGAUCGGAGGAAUUGCUGUAGCUGCAGCAGCUUAUGCUGGUAGAUAUAGCAUUCAGGCUUGGCAAGCAUUCAAAGCAAGACCACCUACAGCUAGGCUGCGUAAAUUUUACGAAGGUGGUUUUCAAUCUACCAUGACACGAAGGGAAGCAGCUCUCAUACUUGGAGUGAGGGAGAGUACCCCGACAGACAAGGUCAGGGAAGCGCAUAGGAGGGUGAUGGUUGCUAAUCAUCCGGAUGCAGGGGGUAGCCAUUACCUUGCAUCUAAAAUUAAUGAAGCUAAAGAUAUUCUACUUGGAAGAACCAAGGGCACGGGCUCUGCAUUUUGA